UUUAAAUUCAUGCCAUUUCUUUUGCCUCCUUUCCUCAGGUGGUGUGGUGACAGCAGGCCUGGCCAUUUAUGACACCAUGCAGUAUAUCCUCAAUCCUAUUUCCACCUGGUGUGUUGGCCAGGCAGCCAGUAUGGGCAGCUUGCUUCUGGCAGCAGGAACAUCGGGCAUGAGGCAUUCACUUCCCAAUGCCCGCAUCAUGGUCCACCAGCCUUCAGGAGGUGCCAGGGGUCAAGCCACAGACAUCGCCAUCCAGGCUGAGGAGAUCUUGAAACUGAAGAGACAGAUCAAUAACAUUUAUGCCAAACACACAGGACAGCUGCUUGAAACCAUCGGUAGGUUCCACUCAUGUUAGUCAUAGGCAGGUGCUUAAGUGGGAUUACUA